CGCUAUUGGGGCGUCCGAUUCGGUCGUGACAGGUUCGAUUCAGCCCGUCCGUGUUGAGCAGACGAAUUCGCCGCCGCGACUGAAAUACGCCGCUGUAGAACGUGGUGUAGGACGUAUCCACUGAAAGAAGAAAGAUAUCCAAAGGUUCUAAAGUUUUACCAAAUAACCGCCACUAAUUAUCAACAAAGAAAAAUCAUUUGAUCCUCAAAGAUCCCAAUUGACAGAGCAAAUCGGUUGCUCUCGUCCAUUUUCGUCGAUACUCGUUAAAUCCUGUGUGCCGACUCGACGCGCGACACAAGAUAUUAUGGCGUUCUUGAGGACGAUCCCGCGGUGCCGUGCUGGAAAAAAAUUGGCCAAGUGCUUGCCGCUGCCCGCUGGAUUCUUUGAAAAUGUCGCCAGGUCGUCAGGGCAGCUCAUGCAGGUGGUGGAUAGAGGAUAUAGCAGCAGCACCAGCCCUGCAGAGACGAACGGCGCCAAGCCGGCACCCCGGCAGAUCGAUCCUCUUGAUCUCAACUUUAACGAUCCCGUAGCAUCUUUCAAGAGUAAAACAACCAAAGAACUUAUCCGCGCCUACAUCGUCUAUCAAAUAUGCUCAAUCGGACCCAUCGUCGAGAAUAAUAUGAAGCUGAUGAAACUUGCUAACGCUAUUCUGGGCGAGAAACUCUUCACGGUAAUGAUGAAGCGCACGUUCUACGGGCAUUUUGUUGCCGGUGAAGAUGAAGUCUCGAUCCGACCGGUUCUCGACCGAUUACGACAGUUCGGUGUCAAACCAAUCCUGGACUACUCCGUUGAAGAAGACAUCACCCAGGAAGAGGCGGAACGACGAGAAGUCCAAGCUUCCGUGUCGGAAGCUGGUGACGAGAGGAAGGAAGGCACCUUGAAGAAAUAUCACGUAGAAAAAUCAUUCGCUGAUCGGCGGUACAAGGUGUCGUCGGCCAGAACCUACUUUUACCUGAACGAAGCGUCCUGCGAGAGGAACAUGGAUAUCUUCAUCAAGUCUCUGGAGGCUGUCGCAGGAGCGUCAAUGGGUUUAGGAAUAACGGCAGUCAAGUUGACGGCUCUAGGACGCCCCCAACUUUUACUACAAUUGUCGGAAGUGAUUAUGCGAGCACGUCAAUACAUGUCCGACGUGGUUGGCGGUGAAGGUGCGGUUUUGGCUCACCAUGCAAAACCUGAUGAUUUCAAGAAGAAAUUCGAAGAGGCACAUAUUAGGGACGCUGCCCCGGUACAAAAGUUCCUUGAGAAAAUUCAGUCGGAUAAGGAAGGAAAUGUCAUCCAUUUGUUCCCAUGGAGUGGUAUUCUGGAUGAAAACUAUGAGUUGAGCGAGACCUUCCAAGUACCGGACAUCAAGACAGGAAAGAUGGUGAGACUAAUGACGCAACUGACCACCAAGGAAGAGGAAAUGUUCAGAAAUAUGAUCAGGCGGUUGAACAAUAUCGUUUCUAUUGCUGACAAGCUAAACGUCCGCAUAAUGGUCGAUGCCGAGCAGACCUACUUCCAACCUGCGAUAUCACGGCUGACACUGGAGAUGAUGCGCAAGUACAAUACGAAAAAGGCUGUGGUGUUUAAUACGUACCAGACGUACCUGCAGGAUGCAUACAAUGAGGUCAAAACUGAUCUUGAACAAUCCGAACGUCAGAAUUUCUAUUUCGGAGCUAAGAUCGUACGGGGCGCUUACAUUGAACAGGAAAGAGCAAGAGCAGCUGCCAUGGGUUAUCCGGACCCGACGAAUCCGACAUUCGAGGCUACGACAGAGUGUUAUCAUAAGACUCUGAUGGAAUGUCUGCGUAGAAUGAAACAGUAUAAGGACAAGGGAGAAGAUCCUAAAAAAAUUGGUAUUAUGGUGGCCUCCCAUAAUGAGAAUACUGUUCGUUUUGCAAUUGAAAAAAUGAAGGAAAUAGGAAUCUCUCCCGAGGACAAGGUUAUCUGUUUUGGGCAGUUAUUCGGCAUGUGCGACUACAUCACGUUCCCUCUUGGUCAAUCAGGGUACUCGGCGUACAAGUAUAUCCCCUAUGGUCCCGUCAAGGAAGUACUACCCUAUCUAUCGCGUCGAGCGCAAGAGAACAGGGGCGUCCUGACUAAGAUAAAGAAAGAGAAGAAGCUUCUACUCAGCGAAAUAAUUAGACGUAUAUUGCGAGGACAACUAUUCUACACACCGAAGGGCAAUUACACUCCAGUGUGAGCUGUAAAACGCGAACGCAUCUCCCAGACUCGAGUCAAGUCCAACGUAGUGGAUUCGCAAUGCCAAACAAUUUUCGAUGAAAAGGUAUUCCUCGGGUCUUCUGCAUUUUUACUCUGCCGUUGAUCCCUCUAGUAAAGGAGCGAUGCUACGUGUCAGGGUAGAAACAUUUAAGGCCAGCAACAUCGCAGAAGAAUCUCAAGAAAUGCCAGUUGUGUAAAUUAAUUAUUUAUUGAUAUCGUGUCUGCGUGAUUUCCCUCUGUGCUCCAAAUCGUGUUGUCAGUUCGGUUACAAUAGACAGUCCUAAUUGUCAUCGUCAUUACGGCACUUCUAUUUCUCCGAACUUUGUACAUGAGAGAUGGAAAGAGAAACAGAGGCGAUGUGAUAAAGAAAAAAAAAAAAAAAGAAAGAGAGCGAGAGAGAGAAGAUAGAAAAAUGUUCCAUCACACAAACAUUGGCACGAGGUAUGCUUAAGUACUUACUCGAAGAACAUGUAAGUACCGUAGCAGGGAGACACAUGUGUCAAUGGGUCAAGUACUGUAAAGCCUACUGCAUGAUUAUCUUACGAGACAAACGUGUAUCGCAGGAACGUAUUUUUAACGUUCGUAGUUUGAAACUGGCUUGUAAUGAUGUAAAGCAAAAGUGUGAUUAUAAAUGAACGAGAAAAAAAGACCAAUCGGUAAGGAAGAAUCGACGACGUGAUAUGAAAGUCAUCUAUCGGUACAAACCCUGCGGAGUUGUAACUGCGUUAGGUAAGGAAUUGUGUUUUUCGAUAAUUGUUAAGCCAUGCGCAUCGACGGUAAACACGAGUAAACCUAGAGAGAAGAAGGUGCUUCGCACCUAAUCUCCGACGAAUACAAGGCAUUGCAUUCAGUAAUUAAGUCAUUUUGAAAAGAGAUUAAAACAAAAGUAAGUAACCGUCUGUAGUGGUUAUAGUUUAUCUUUUCAUACAUAACUGAUGUAGGACAAGAUGAAGGAAAACUUAAGGUGAGAAGCUCCAAGCUUAAAUGACUCUUGACUAAACGUUUCGACGAAUAGGACACAAUUUCAUUUGAUUAAGUUUUAGUUUUUUAUAACUAAUACUCAUUUUCGCUCGGAGUCGUCCAUAUAAAUGUUUGGUCAAUCGAAUCCAAUUGAAUUAUUACCAAGGGAUACGCUACAAGCGUUAGGAACGCAAUAGGUAAAGUGUUUUGCUUUUCUAAGAGAAUCUUAACGAAACGAACGAUAAGGAAUUAUAGGCAGGUCCGAGUUCGUCGAAAUCGACACGGCAUCCUUAAACUCGUCGCGUAUUGAUAUCUUUUAGAAAUUGGCUAUAGUGCUAAAUGAUUUUUGCGCUUUCCAACCUUUCCCCUCCUCCCCCUUCACUACUUGAGCAGCUGCUGCGCGCAUAUUGAUACUUUGUUUUUCAAUAUUUCUUUUCUCGCAGAAGGUUUUGAGUUCCAUGAAAAUGUGCCAAGUAUCGCGAGUGAGUUCAGACAGAUUCGUGAGGAUGAUGAUGAUGACGACUCUUGCGUAUUUUGCCAUUUUCUCAUAUUUCAUUAUUUCCCUUUAACCUCCUGUGCGUCCCUUGUUGCUUAUCCCAAUCGCCAAUUCGCCUGUCGACUCGUUAAUCCCACCAACCCUCUUCUUCUGUAAAUUUAUCUCAAUCUCAUGCUAUUUUUUUCCCUCCCUUAAAAUCCUUUAAAACUUCGACCUUUCACCUCCAACCUUCCAUAGCCCCUCUUUUGAAACAAGAACUGCAAGUACAGUCCGUUACGAUCUCGAAGCUUAUUGUAGCUUGUCAUAGCGAUCGGAUGACAUAGCAAAAUCAACAAUAAAUUGUAUCUAACGAGAAUAUACAGUCUAAGAUAUUUUAUUUGAUAAUAGUACGCAUGUGUUACGUUUUAUUGAAAUUAGUACUGCGAAUCAUUGUGAAUCAUGUUAACUAUGCAAACUGGAAAAGAAAAUUAAUUGGUGAAAUAAAUAAAGGGGCAUUGUUAAAGUUA